AUGUUGCUCCAACCAAGGACCUACCAGUUUCUCGUAGGCGUGUUCGCCUCUCUGGGCUCGGCCCUCUACGGCUAUGAUCUUGGUGUUAUUGCUGAGGUUGUCGGCUGUGACUCGUAUCAGACGAUGUUCACGCCCACAAGCGACGAGACUGGUGUUGUUGUCAGUCUCUUCACCGGAGGUGCCUUCUUCGGUGCCGGUUUCGCUGGUCCCGCUGGUGAUUAUCUCGGCCGAAGGUAUACUAUCUUGCUAGGCGCCCUCAUUUUUAUCCUCGGCGGCUGUCUCCAGACUGCUGCACAGACCAUCAAAUACCUUUGGGCUGGUCGGGCUAUUGCUGGCCUGGGUGUUGGUUUCCUUGUCAUGAUUAUCCGUAAGCAACUCUCCAACAUUGCUCCCCGAGAUAUGCUGCUAGGUGAAAUUGCCCAUCCAUCCAUCCGAGGAAGAAUCACUGCGCUCCAACAGUUCAUGCUGGGCAUUGGUGCUUUCAUUGCUGGCUGGAUUGGCUACGGAACCUUCUCCAUCGGUGGAUCAAAGGAGUGGCGCAUUCCCUUGGGAAUCCAAAUUGUCCCUGCCGUCUUCCUGGCUGCGCUGAUCUUGUUCUUCCCCGAGAGCCCUCGCUGGCUUAUCGACCAUAACAAGGAGCAAGAAGGUCUCAGGAUCCUAGCCAAGCUACACGCACAUGGCGACACCGAGGACGCUUGGGUCAGAGCUGAGUACGCUCAAAUUCAGGAGUCAAUCACGUAUGAGCACGAGCAUGAGGCAAAGAGCUACCUCGAACUCUUCAGAAAUCGAUCCUCGUUCCGCCGCUUGUUUCUUGCGGUUGCUCUCCAGGCCUCUGUUCAGAUGACCGGUGUCUCUGCAAUCCAAUACUUCUCCAUCACCAUCUACGGACAAGUUGGUAUCAAUGGGCAGGACACGCUCAAAUACCAGGCAAUCAACAAUAUCUUGGCCCUGAUCGCCCAGGCCAUGUGUAUCUUGUUCGUUGAUAGGCUAGGCCGCCGCAAGCCUCUCAUCGUUGGCAACCUCGUCAACUGCCUGAUGUUCAUGAUCGCAACCAUUCUUAUUGCCAAAUUCCCGCCAGAGACAGGUAAGCAUGGCAGUGCUGGGUGGGGCUUCAUCAUCGUCACCUGGCUCUACAAUAUCUCCUUCUCUGCAACCUGCGGACCUCUCAGUUGGAUCGUUCCAGCGGAGAUUUUCGACACUCACACGCGUAGCAAGGGCGUAUCUAUCGCUACAAUGAUGUCCUUUGCCUUCAACACCAUGAUCGGGCAGGUUACGGACAAGGCGAUCAAGAACACCGGCUGGCAUUACUACCUGCUAUUUGUGCUCUGCAAUUUCACCAACGCCGUCUUCUUCUACCUCCUGUUGCCCGAGACUCGUAAGCUGCCUCUUGAAGAGAUGAACUACCUCUUCACCAAUGCCCCCUGGAUCGUUCCGGGCUCGGACAAGUCUAAGUACACGGCCAACCUCGCCGCCGACGUCGAGAGACGCGCCGCAGAGCUCCGCGAGAAGGGCCACAUUGGAACCACUGGCCACGACGAGCAUCCUGCCGACGAGGUGUAA